CCAAAACAAUUAGAGGCUGAAACUUUAGUCUCUUGCAUAUUUUCUUCUUCCUCAGUGACAGUGUAAAAGCUUAAUUCACAAUAAUGGAGACUAGUGUCACGUGCUGCGCACGUGCAGAUCUCCUCCCAAAUGUUUCUUCUCAACAAUAUUCAACUACUGCACUAGCAGCUCCUAGGUCCAUUUCCCCAUCAUUCAGCAUCAGGAGUCUGAAAUCAAGCUCUUUAUUUGGGGAAUCAUUGCACGUUGCCCCUAAAUCAUCACUCAAUGUUUCUAAGACUAAAAGCUAUUCCCUAGUGAGUAAAUGUGAGAUUGGUGAUAGCCUGGAAGGAUUUCUUACGAAAUCAACAUCAGAUAAGGGGCUGAUCAGUCUAAUGUUAUGUAUGGGAGAAGCACUCAGAACAAUUGCCUUUAAAGUCAGAACAGCUUCUUGUGGAGGAACAGCUUGUGUCAACUCUUUUGGAGAUGGGCAGCUUGCUGUUGAUAUGCUUGCAAACAAGCUCCUUUUCGACGCCUUGACUUAUUCACACGUCUGCAAAUAUGCUUCUUCUGAGGAAGUCCCUGAGCUCCAAGACAUGGGAGGCCCUGCUGAAGGAGGAUUUAGUGUUGCUUUUGAUCCACUUGAUGGAUCAAGUAUUGUGGACACAAACUUCACAGUUGGAACCAUAUUUGGUGUGUGGCCUGGAGAUAAGCUAACAGGUAUCACAGGAAGAGACCAAGUCGCUGCGGCCAUGGGUAUAUUUGGACCUCGUACUACAUAUGUUCUUGCUCUUAAAGACGUUCCUGGCACCCACGAAUUCCUCCUCCUUGAUGAAGGGAAAUGGCAACAUGUCAAGGACACAACAGAAAUUGGAGAAGGAAAAAUGUUUUCCCCUGGAAAUUUGAGAGCUACAUUUGACAAUGCUGAUUAUGCCAAGCUGAUUGAUUACUAUGUCAAAGAGAAAUACACCUUGAGAUACACCGGAGGAAUGGUGCCUGAUGUUAACCAGAUAAUUGUGAAGGAGAAAGGAAUUUUCACAAAUGUGACAUCUCCAACUGCCAAAGCCAAGCUAAGACUGCUAUUUGAAGUUGCACCUUUAGGAUUCUUGAUAGAGAAAGCUGGAGGUUAUAGCAGCGAUGGGAAACAGUCAGUUCUAGACAAGGUGAUAGGAACUCUUGAUGAGAGAACUCAAGUAGCAUACGGUUCCAAGAAUGAGAUUAUCCGCUUUGAAGAAACACUCUGUGGAUCUUCAAGGCUUAAGGCUGCCCAACCAGUUGGUGCUGCUGUGCUGCCUAAUUGAGGGCUUGACCGCAGCCUCGACAUUAUUCUUUCUAGAAAUAUCUAAAUUUCCAUGUAUAAAAUUUCAAGGAUGUUGUUCUAUGAGGGAUCAAGGUUAAGAUGUCAAACUUGUGAAGAAAACGGGAGUCAAACAGUUUUCUUUUCCUAUAUUUUUCUUGGCGAGUCUUUGUUUCUGAAAUAUAAUCUUGUACGGCAACUCUCUCAAAUGCUGGAGGGCACAAAGAGAGAUGAUUUUAUGGCUGUAUCAUUCAA